CCUUAUUAAGGAAAUGGAAAGCCGCCCUCCUUGUGUAUGUGUGAAGGUGUGGGCGCGGAAUUUAGGGUUUCACGGGGAUUUUGUCCGAUCGGCCAUCGCCAUAUUCCGACUCUUCCUCGCAUCGGCCCCUCGCAAGGAGAGCGCUCGAUCAUCGCAUGUGUCUGGAACUCGGACUUUGCCAACAUUUUGUUCGUGUGGACAGCAUUUGAGAAACGGUGCAUUGAGUUGCGGUACAGGUCUAAGCGAUCGGCCAUGGCAGCGACGAUCGCACGAGCUCGGCGUUCGCAUUCGUUACUGAAGCUUGUGUUGCCUCAAAGCUCCAUCUGCACGCACCACUUGUGUGGAUUUGCAUCGUCAAGCGCCACCGAGAGCCGCCGCCAUGCAUUGGAAUCGCCUGCUAGGUCCCAGGAGCUGACGCUAUGGAGGAAUUAUUUGAAGGGGCUGGUGUCUGUUCGCACGCUGGCUACCUUCACCCGAAAUAAGCCGCACAUGAAUAUCGGAACAAUUGGACAUGUGGACCAUGGAAAGACCACUCUUACGGCAGCGAUUACCAAGGUUUUAGCUGACGAAGGUAUGGCUAAGUCAAUCGCAUUUGAUGAGAUCGACAAAGCUCCAGAAGAAAAGCAGCGUGGUAUCACUAUUGCUACUGCUCAUGUGGAGUAUGAAACUGAAAAUCGGCACUAUGCCCAUGUCGAUUGUCCAGGACAUGCUGAUUAUGUUAAGAACAUGAUCACAGGUGCUGCACAAAUGGAUGGAGGUAUUCUGGUGGUUUCAGCUCCAGAUGGGCCUAUGCCUCAGACCAAAGAGCAUAUACUGUUAGCUCGACAGGUCGGAGUUCCAUCUUUGGUAGUUUUCUUGAAUAAAGUGGAUGUUGUGGAAGACGAGGAGUUGUUGGAGCUAGUGGAGAUGGAGUUGCGGGAGUUGCUGUCAUUUUACAAGUUUCCAGGAGACGAUAUUCCCAUCGUUAGAGGUUCUGCUCUCGCUGCACUGCAGGGAACGAAUCCGGAGCUUGGAAAGAACUCGAUUCUGAAAUUGAUGGAAGCUGUUGACUCUUACAUUCCUGAGCCCAAGCGCAACCUCGACAAACCCUUCCUCAUGCCAAUUGAGGAUGUUUUCUCCAUUCAGGGUCGUGGAACUGUGGUGACUGGACGUGUGGAACAAGGUAUCGUUAAAGUUGGUGAAGAGGUGGAAGUUGUUGGACUACGCACGGGCCCCAAUCUGAAGACAACUGUUACCGGUGUGGAGAUGUUCAAGAAGCAAUUGGAUCAAGGCCAGGCAGGAGACAAUGUUGGUCUUCUAAUUCGUGGUCUUAAGAGAGACGAAGUGCAGCGUGGGCAGGUCAUUUGCAAGCCCGGCACUGUCAAGACCAACACCAAGUUCGAAGCAGAAGUUUACAUUCUUACCAAGGAAGAGGGAGGGAGACACACUGCUUUCUUCUCCAACUACAGACCUCAGUUCUACUUGCGUACUGCUGAUGUGACUGGAAAGGUUGAACUUCCAGAGCAUAUCAAGAUGGUUAUGCCUGGAGACAAUUUAACUGCUCAGUUCGAACUAAUCAUUCCUUGCCCUCUUGAACACGGACAACGGUUUGCCCUUCGAGAAGGAGGAAGGACAGUCGGUGCAGGCGUUAUUUCUAAGCUAUUGGGUUAAACACGUGGAUUUAGUUGAAAGAUUUAGGCAAUAGUGUAGCUCUUUGCAAGAGACCGUGUUAGUAGAUUCAGGGGUUCCUCUACCGUAAUCUUGUUAGAUACAAGUUUUGACACGCGAGUGUUAGGUUGAGAAGCACCAUGCUGCCAUUGCAAAUCGAUUUGGUAAUAAACAUCGCUGUGAUGCAGCUCAUCAUACAACAAAGAUUUCUACUCAA